AUGGCGCCAUAUACCAAUGCUAACGGGCUUCGACAGCAAGCGCAGCAAGUAUCACAGUUCGCAAGCGCUACAUCCGAACAGCGCAUGGCCAGCCCGGAAGAGCUUGGGAACGACGACAUCACUCCCUACCUCAACGAUAACCAGCAGAACCUACUCCUCGCCGCCCUCAACGCACAGGCCAAGACCAGGCAGAACCUACAGAACUCAUCUGCACCAUCCGCAGAUACCGGACUUACCCAACGUGCUACCUCCGUUGAAGCCCAGCAGCCCACCACAAUGAGCGAGAGCACAAUGUUCAUGAGCCCGCAUGACGCGGAGCUGGAUAACCUUGACUACACACCUGAUCUCGACUAUCUGGAUGGCGACGAAAGCUUCGACUUUGACAAUGCAGACCUUGGUGGUGAGAUGAUUGGUGCGCUGCCGGGAGAUGGCGAUCUCCACGACAAGAGAAAGAUGUCGGACGACCAAGACGGCAGCGAUGAAGCCGACCCGAAGAGGCAGGAGGGUGAGAAGGGUGCGAAGAAGCCAGGCAGAAAACCUCUGACCAGCGAGCCUACUACAAAACGAAAAGCACAAAAUCGCGCCGCGCAACGUGCUUUCCGCGAGCGCAAGGAGAAGCAUCUGAAGGAUCUCGAAACCAAGGUGGCGGAUCUCGCUAAGACGCAUGAAGCCGAUAAGCAUGAGAAAGGCUUGCUCAAGGCGCAAGUCGACCGCCUCCAAGUUGAGCUUCGCGAGUACAGGAAGCGCCUGUCAUUAGGAGCUGGUUCCGGCGCAUCGCGUGGUUCUCCACCCUUGGUAGCAUACACUGGACCUGGUAGAAGCAACAGCGGUUCGUCCACCAACAACAGUAAUAACAACAACUUUCAAUUCGACUUCCCCAAAUUUGGCGCCUUGCCUGGUAGCCAGAUGUUCAACACACAGCAGAGUGUGUCUAAUGGCGUCUCCAACGGAGUUCUGCAGCGUGGUAGUAUCACGCCACCUUCGGCGAGGCAGUCGCCUGCCAGCAAUGCACUGGGUAGUCUUCCAAGUCAGCCGCCGGCCCAAGUACAGCGUGCAAAUAGUCAAGGCAGCCAAGUUGGUCAGAGCAGGAGUUCUCGGAACAUUACGCCUGCUGCAAACACGUCGAAUGGAAACACACCGCCAGCUUUCAACGACUCCACGAUGCCCUCUGUGGGCUUCAGCACCACCCAAAACAUGCAUGGCUUUGCAAGCACUCUGCCGCAGAUGAACAGCGACAACCCCUUCGGCGAUCUCUUCAGCCCAAGCCUGCUCAAGAACGCCAAUUUCAGUGCCAACAACGGCUACUUUGAUGGGACGAAGCAGACUGCCAGCAGCCACAACAGCUUCGACGCAAGCAACGGAGGCGAGAGCACAGCUGGUCUGAACCGCGUUUUCCAAUUCAAUGGCGGUAGUACUGCUAGUGACAGUGCAUCGCCAAGUAACAGCAGCUCGACACAAUGGAAUGCGAACGCCAACAGCUCGUGCGGCACGUCGCCAGAGCCGUCGCAUGACAGCCCGGCAACGAAUGGACAUAACAGCAUCGAUUCGUACUCUCAAGAGAAGCCAAGCACGUACACGAAUGCACAAUUCUCGCAGGCUCUCGGUGCGCAGGAAAUGUCGGCCAAUCCCAAUAUCGGUCUAACGGACACGAACCUCAACUACUGGGCGCCUUCUACUGGCAUCAAUGACCCAGUGCUAUUCGGCGAGUACAGAGACAACAACGAGCCUUCAUUCGGCUUCUUUGAUGACGCGCUCAACACUGCACCUUUCGAUUACGGUUCACCAAGCAACCUCUUCGGCAUCUUGCAGAGUCCACAGCAGAUGCCCACCACGCUCAACACUCAGCCUAGCAUGCCUGCGAAUGCUGCGAAGCCCAGUAAUGCUCUCAUGGCUCAGAUGGAUGCGGCACGUGAGGGCGGCGAUGACGACUACGGCCUUCCAAACACGGCUAUGCAGGCACGUCCAGCAACUGACCAGAAACUGAACAAGCUUAUCAGCUGCAAUAACAUUUGGAACCAACUCCAAUCCAACGCCGAAUUCCAAGCCGGCACCUUCGACCUCGAUAGCUUGUGCAGUGAGCUCCGUGCCAAAGCCCGCUGUUCCGAGUCCGGCGUCAUGGUCUCGCAGGAUCAUGUGGACGCGGCGCUGAAGAAAUUGGGCAAGAAGGACGAGCAGGGGAAGUUUGUCCCGGCUACGGCUACGGAUGUGCCGCCGUUGAUGUUUGAGCAGGAGUCUUGGGAUAAGGUGUUGCAGAGGUUGGGUGGUGGUGGUGCUGCUUGA